AGAGCGUGUUAGAAACCCAGACUCCUGGUCCCCACCCGGACCUGCAACCCAGAGGGAACCACAGUGAGAGCCCAGAUCUGUACGCAUAUUAAGGUGCUGAGAUAAAGAACGACAGAAAUAAAGAACAUGACUCCCAAGAGAUUCCAGACUACUGAGAGGAUAAAGCUGACAUCAGAGAAAUUAAGGAGGAGCCUGAGACCGUUUCGUGGCUACCCUGUGACUAUCAGAAACUAUAUGUUGGAAGAGCUAAAAAAGACCAGGGGAUACGGUGUUCACAUUUGCUUCCAUUGAACCCAACCAAUCUUCCCUUGGAAACAGAAACAAACCCUUGCAAGAGAUCUUCCCUAAGUAGCAAAGAGGCUAUUAAAGGAUCCCAUCCUUCUUCUUCCUGGUGCCCAAAUUCUACCGAUCUUCCAUUCCAUGAAGAUGAUUUGGUGGAAGAAGAAACUCUUCCAGAAGCACUACCUGUGGGCUCUGGGCUGCUAUUUCCUGCUGGCCAUUGUCGCUCUGAGACUUUCUCUCAGAUUGAAAUGUGACUUUGAUUCCCUGGAUCUGGAGUCCAGGAACUUUCGAAGCAAGCACUGUAGGGACAUCUUGUACAAGUCCCUGAAGUUGCCAGCAAGGAGAUUCAUGAACUGUUCUGGAAUCAUCCGAGGAGACCAGGAAGCAGUGACGGAGGCUCUCCUGGACAACCUGGAUGUCAAGAAGAAGCGGAAGCCUUUCACAGACACCGACUACCUCAACAUGACCAGAGACUGUGAGCACUUUAAGGCCAAAAGGAAGUUCAUACAGUACCCACUCAGCAAAGAAGAAGUAGACUUCCCUAUUGCAUUCUCUAUGGUGGUCCAUGAGAAGAUUGAAAAUUUUGAAAGGCUGCUGAGAGCUGUGUAUGCCCCUCAGAACAUAUAUUGUGUCCACGUGGAUGAGAAGUCCCCAGAAACUUUCAAAGAGGCAGUCAAGGCAAUUAUUUCAUGCUUCCCAAAUGUCUUCAUAGCCAGUAAGUUGGUUCGGGUGGUUUAUGCCUCCUGGUUUCGGGUGCAGGCUGACCUGAACUGUAUGGAAGACUUGCUCCAGAGCUCAGUGCCAUGGAAAUACUUCCUGAAUACAUGUGGAACAGACUUUCCUAUGAAGACCAAUGCCGAGAUGGUUCUGGCCCUCAAGAUGUUGAAUGGGAAGAACAGUAUGGAGUCAGAGAUACCUAGUGAGUACAAAAAAUCUCGCUGGAAAUACCACUAUGAGGUGACAAACACAAUAUCCCAAACCAGCAAGAUAAAGGACCCUCCCCCUUAUAAUUUACCUAUCUUCACGGGGAAUGCCUAUAUUGUGGCUUCUCGAGGCUUUGUCCAACAAGUCUUAGAGAACCCCAAAUCACAACAACUGAUCGAAUGGGUAAAAGACACCUACAGCCCCGAUGAACACCUCUGGGCCACCCUUCAGCGUGCACCAUGGAUGCCUGGCUCUGUUCCCUACCACCCCAAGUUUCACACUUCAGACAUGGCUGCCAUUGCCAGGCUGGUCAAGUGGCAGUACCAUGAAGGAGACAUCAGUAAGGGGGCACCUUAUGGACCUUGCUCUGGAACCCACCAGCGGGGUAUCUGCAUUUAUGGGGCUGGGGACCUGCACUGGAUUCUUCGUAACCCUCACCUGUUGGCCAACAAGUUUGACCCCAAAGUGGAUGAUAAUGUCCUUCAGUGCUUAGAAGAGUACUUACGUUAUAAGGCCAUCUAUGGGACUGAACUCUGAGAUACAUUACGAGAGAGUGCCCUGUGCAGCAGGAGCAUGUGCAAACAUGCCCAGACUGUCCUGCGACAGUGAGGGGUGGGAGACUAGGGCUCUGGAAUCCAUGGCAUCCGCCAGGGCAGGAGGUCUGCUACUGGAGUG